CACACAGCAUGUCUGCUAUGGUAAACAAACUUCGAACUUUAGCAAUGAUAUGUAAGUGCCCCCACCUUCCUUUGUAUGGUUAGGGUGAACCCCAGGCUCUUUGUUAAAUACUGGACGUCGCAACCAAAAACCAAGCCUGUCCUGAUUAGUUUGAGCUGCUGGUCCGCCACAGGAAUAUCCUUGGGGAAUCCCCACCAUUUAAGGAAGGCACUAAAACGUCACAGGUUUCGACAGGAUAGGGUCAACAUUCUGAAGUAAAGUGUCGACUGGGAGAUUCGUAGUUUUAGAUCCAGAUUACAAUACACCUGUGUAGUAUUACCUGAUGAACUGUCAGUUCCCCAUUUUGCAAAAUGUCGAUUUAAGGACGAAAUAUAAGAUAGCCCAAACGUUUCCUAGUCUUGAUGCAGAAUGGAAAUUCAAGUGUCUGCUUUUCGGGUAAUGCUAAAUAAUCUUGCCCACCAGCUGUCUGAACGAGAUCUUCAAUCCAUGAAAUACUUGUGCCGUGACUUGAUUCCUCGAGGACGUUUAGAAAGUAUUGAAGAACCGAUUGAGCUCUGGGAUGCUCUGGAACAGAGGGAGCAGCUUGGUGUGAAUAACACCAGGUUUUUAAAGCAAUUGCUAAUUUAUGGCACUGAGGGCAGGCGAGACCUUUUGUCUAUUCUGCAGAAUUACGAGGCAUCAUUAACAUCUAAUGCUGAUGUCCACGAGAGAACAUCUGAUGUGACGCCUUCACAUGCCAACUUCAAUGGCUACAGACUCAGUAAUCCUAUCAGAAGUCAACAACAAUUCCCAGAAUUAAGACGAGAGGUUGAGUUCAUCGUGAAAAACAUUGGCCGUGACUGGCGUCAGUUUGUGAGAGCAUUGGGUGUUUGUGAGGCGGACAUUGAUUACGUGUCUGAACAGUAUCCCCGAGAUUUGCGAGAAAAAGUACGACAGACCUUAAUAAUGUGGCAGGCACAGAAUCCAGAAAUUGCCUCAAAGGAGGCUCUUAUCACAGGGCUGAAGUUAUGCGAGAGGAACGAUAUGGUGCAUCAGAUGUUGAGAGGACAAUACUAGUGUAUUGUUACAAGUAUAGACCCAGUCAUUUCUUAAAAUAAUUUAGUGUUGUUUUUUUUUUAUCUUAUCUUCUUGACCUAUCUAUAUAGGAGUAGAAUAUGUCGGCUACAUUUCUAUUUUUCCCGAGAAAUUUUCGUAAAAUCUGACUUGUAUUUUGUGUAGGGCCUACAUGGAACUAUGGUUAUUGUGUCUCGUGAUUCGAUUCAACUACAGGAAAUAUCCAGCUUCACUUAACCACUAUCUCUUGGGUAUAUUUUCCAGAGUUAAUCUAGAUAUACUGUUUAUGGAAUAAUGUCUGGCGCUCUGUUUGCUCGUUAAGUUUAUUUUAUUUUAAUUUUACAAAAUUAGCAUUUCAAAUUGUUUGAAUUGGCUCUUUUAUCGUUCGGUACUGUAUCAUGAUGGUACAGAACCUUGUGCAUGGAUUGUAUGUAGUUGUGUACAUGCGUGGAAGUUUGUCCAUGUAAAAGUUUAUAUUUGCAGUAUGCAGAUAGCAAGGACUCGCUAUACAGAAAAGUUUGCUAUUGAAUGCGUAUGGAUUUGAAACAAAAGUCAAAUGUACCAAGAAAUUGGUUAUAAGAGGAGCUUAGAUGUAAAUCUGUUUAUAUACACACGGCUUAUAUUUAACAGCUAUGAUAGCGUAAAAGAUUGAGAAAUAAAAUAGCAACAAUCUGGUGAUGGUAUUUCAGCAUCUGGACGAACACCUGACCGAUUGCUGGAUGCUGGCGAUUAGGGACCUGGUUCCCGGCCAGUGGAUCAAAACCCGAAGUGGUGGUUGUGUAGUAGAGGGCUUUCCCAUAGCCCUAUAGUUAAUAUACAGGAUGUCACGAAAACUGGAUAUUAAGAAUAUGACUUGUGCAGGUUCGAUCCCAGCUCUGGAGAGGAAAUUUGCAGAUUCCCCCGCUCUCACCUCUUGGUGAGGCAUUGGUGAAAGUAUUAAAGCGGGCGAGAGCGUUCUUGUGACUCUUGGCACAGAUUUACUUUCGUGGACACUGUCUUCUAUGUCCCCACAAUGUCACUGAAACAUAGACAAUGUGGCUUUAAGCCAUAAUCAUUCGUUCAUCCUACCAGUAUGACACUCAAGCCUGUACCUCACAUAUGGGAAAGUUAAUUCGUCAUUAUAACUUAUCAAAGGUUUGUGGUUUAGCCUUGGACUGUUUUCUCUGCUCGUGCAUAAAACCGACCGCCAUUGUGUAAGUGAAAAUUCCUGAGUUUCAUGUAUUACUUUAAACAACAGUCAAAUAAGUGUAUAAAUUAAUGUUAAAACAACCACCCUACACGCUUUAUACUUUACGAGUAGAAAUAUAAUUUGCUUAUAUCUUUAAUAAUAGUAAAAGGAAUACUUGAAUACAUAUGUGCGCAUCGAUAUCCUUAGAGAUUCCAAAACUCGAGAGCGACCUGAUCACGAAAUAAUUUAACCCUAUAUAAUAGUGAUAUAGAAUUCAUACAGUACCGUAUGGCAGAAUCAUAAUGCGUUUUUCUAUGGGAUAUUGUAUAUAUGUUUCAGUAUACUAUUUCAGUAUCACUUUCAAGGCUUCAGAGCAUUAGUCGCUGAAGGGGUAUUUCAUUUCCAAAUGACUAUAGCAAUUUGGAUGCUAUAAAGUUGUUAUAAAGGGAUAAUUCAGCGGUAUUGUGAACAGUGUAUUAAAUAUAUAGUAGAAAAUCCAACUGUAUGUACUGCAUGAUUAUAUUGAUUGUGUUGAUUAUGCAGUGAAAGUUAAAUCAGGUUUCAAUUUAAAUGCAAAGGUGUCGGGAUUUUUUUUUAUGUUUUUUAUUAUUUCAUUCAGUUAACUCUGAUAACCAUCUUAUACAUGAGACAUCUUACAAUCACUCGCCACGAUAUGGCUGAAGUAUUUGCCGAUGUGGCGUAAAGCCAUAAUCAUUCAUUCAUUCUUACAAUCACAAGUGGUCAUUUGCUGUGUAUGCGAAUAACGUUUUCGCUAUCCACAAUCAACCUUAGAAGUAUUCCAUUGAUUUGGGGAUUUAUUAAUUUUCUAAAUUAUAUAAUAAAAGAUACGAUUUUGGGGACCA